AUGUUUGACUGGGACGGUUGGCUGUUGAAGGUAGUUUACUACUACGGGUUUCUAGUCGGAAUCUCCAACUUUGAAGUAGACUGGAAUAGGUGUCGCGUCUUCAAAACUAGGAGGAGUACCAUCUUCGCCAUUGUUCAUAAUGUACUUGCCUGGGUCCUUGUGCUCAACUAUUGGAAAGGUCGGGUCAGUUUCAAUGUACUUUUUGGCAAAGCAAACAAGCUGCAUGAGUAUGUUGUCGUCAUAAUGUCCGGACUAAGAGUGGCAUCUGGACUUCUAACCAUAACUACAAGGUGGAGGCGACGUCGCCAGAUUAUGAGAAUAUUGAGGAGAUUGUUCCGACUCUACUUGGCCAAGCCCCAAGUCAAAAGGAUGUCCCGCCGGGCUAUCCUUAUCAAGUUUCUUAAUGUUUGCAUAACCGACUUAUUGCAAAUCACUCUCGGACUAGAUGCCCUUCAUAGAGUUGGGCCUGAUCUGAUAUUGGGCAUGGCUUUGCAGUUCUGCAUGGUGUCCCUUAUGACAGUAGCCAUCAGCCAGUAUUAUUUGGUCAUGCUGUUCAUUCGGACGCAAUACGUAAUGCUCAACUCGGAGCUGCGAAGUGUGAUCGAAGAGGCUAGGGGAUUGAGAUACCGCCCACACCGCAAUGGAGUUUUCAUGACCAAGUGCUGCGACCUAUCGGAUCGUUUGGACGACCUUGCCCAACAGCAGGACGAGAUUCAGUCGAUUGUGGCCAGCAUCGCAGGAGCAUUCGGCAUGCAGGGCCUACUGGUUUACACAGCCUACUAUUUAUCCGCGAUCUCUACUGCCUACCUGACCUACAGUCUUGUGAAGCACGGCAUCGAAAACCUGGGUAUGACCCUCGGCACGGUGGCGGUGUCCCUGACUUGGUGUUUUUUCUACUACGUCGAUGCCUUAAGGAACCUCUUUGUAGUCCUCAGUAUUCAAAAUGAGCACAGGACCCUGAUUCGUAUCAUAGAAGAGCGAACUGUUUUUCUUCCAGGACUAGACAUUCGUCUUGAACUAUCGUUUGAAAACUUUCAGUUCCAGUUGAUUCGAAACCCUUUCACUAUGAGCGUCAUGAAAAUUUUCCCCAUCAACCAUGGCUUUACCACGUUAAUGUUUGCAUCUCUGUUUAUGAACUCGAUAUACCUCAUUCAAUACGAUAUGGCAAACUUUUAA